AUGGCUCUGGAAAGCAGACAGAGGGAACUGUUGUUGAACACGCUGAUGGAGCUGGGGGAGAAGGACUUCGAGCACUUCAGGUUCCACACGGACCUGCCUCAAAGUGUGCGUGAAAACACCCGCCAGGCGUACAUUGCUGACGAGCUGAUAAAGAGGCACGCCCAGAACACUCUGUACCAGACCAUCAUGCUUCUGGAGAAGAUCGGUAACAUCAAUUUGGCCGAGAAGCUGCGGAGCGACAUGCUGAAAAUAGAAGGUGCAGUCUUCUCCGUUCAUGAUGAUAAUCAGGUUAACCGAUUGAAGGGGGAGCUGCAAGACAACCUGCGGCAUUUAUACAGCCUGGCUUCCGAGGGCACCACCGAGCGCUGGCAGCAGCAGCCUCUGACGGAUGUCUACACGGAGCUGGACGUCACCUACGGAGCAGACGUCAGCCCCGACGAGCGGCACGAGGUCCUUCAGAUGGAGACGUGCACUGCGGCCAAGGAGUCUAUCCUGCCACGCGACAUUUUUAAAAGCCCUGACGGGACGCAGCGACUGAUACGCACACUUCUUACUGUCGGCUUUGCGGGAAUCGGAAAAACCUUCUUGGUUCGAAAGUUUGUGUUGGACUGGGCCAAUAGGAAAAGCAAUCAGGACGUGCGCUUCAUAUUUCCCUUCACCUUCCGCGAGUUGAACAUGGACAAAGGAAAAAGCUUCACGUUGGCCGAGCUUAUCCGACUCUACGUGUGGCACAUGAGCGAGGGGACGCUGAACAAAAUAUUUGCCGACCUGCAGAUGUCCGGGAGGCGGGACUACGAAAGCAGCAGGAUUAAGAUCUUGUUUGUCCUGGACGGACUGGAUGAGUGCUGCUUCAAAAUGGACUUAAAGAACCACACCAAAGUGGACAUGGAUUUGAAGAAGGCUUACCCGCUGGAGGAGCUCCUGGCCCACCUCAUCAAAGGGAACCUGCUUCCUUGCGCCCGGGUUUGGAUUACCACGCGGCCCGCAUCGGCCCGCGAUAUCCACUCCGACUUCAUCGACAGCCGAACAGAGGUGAGAGGAUUCACCGAUUCUCAGAGGUUGGAGUACUUCAGGAAAAGGUUCCCAAAUGAGGAGCGCGUCAUUGAGCACAUUCGGAAAUCUCGCACCAUCUUCAUCAUGUGCCACAUUCCCAUCUUCUGCUGGCUCACCGCAACAGUUCUUCAGCAUCAUUUGAACAAAGGGAAGAAGGGAGAGCUUCCCACAACGCUGACUGACAUGUACUCAGCAUUUUUAGGUCACCUACUGGAAAACUCCAAGGAGAGAAAUACAACGAAGUACAUCCUUGACGUGAAAGUGCUGGCCAAGCUGGCUUUUGACCACACCAUGAAUAAGUGUCAGAUCUUUUACGAGAAAGACCUGGCGGACAGUGGUUUUGAUUACAGCCAAGCUGCAAAAAACUCCGGAAUAUUCACUGAGGUCUUUAAGGAGGUCCAUCCGCUCAAAAGCAAGAAACAAAAGAUGUUUCAGUUUAUCCACCUGACCAUCCAGGAGUAUCUGGCUGCACUGUACGUAAAGAUGUGUUUCUUCCACGACAACAAGAACGUACUGGAUACAACAAGAUGGAAAAAAUUGUUCAUGCCUGUUAAGCGGAAGACAAUCACUGAGGUCCACAAGUCAGCUCUCCAGAGAGCCUCGGAAAGUGAAGGAAACCUGGAUAUGUUCCUCCGCUUCCUCGUUGGUCUUUCAUUGCAGUGCAACCAGGAAAUAGUGGGGGCACUGCUGAAGGUUCCUCAUGACUGGGAGCAAAGCAAGUCAAAGACAGUCAAGUUGAUACAGAAAAGGAUCAAACGAAACACUCCAGAAAAGAAUGUCAACUUGUUCUACUGCCUAAACGAGCUGAAGGACGACUCCUUGCUGAAGCAGAUCCAGCAGGAAUUAGCUUCAAGUCGUCUGUCCUGGCAUCAAAUGUCAAAUGACAUGUGGUCGGCUCUGGCCUUCUUCUUACUGACAGACACAGAAACCCUGAAGUCCUUUGAUCUUCGCCGCUACUCCCCAUCGCCUUUGGGACUCAAGAAGCUUCUGUUGGUGGUCAAGGCUUCUCAAAAAUCAGAUCUAAGUAAAUGUUGGCUUGACAAAGGCAGCUGUCACCUGCUGGCUUCCGUUCUCAGUUCUCCAUCCAAUCUGAGGCAUCUGGACCUGAGCUCCAACUACGACGUGUCGGACGAGGAAGUCGAGAUCCUCUCAAAAGGACUGGCUAGCCCACACUGCAACUUAGAAGUCCUCACGCUGUCACAGUGCGGGAUCACCAGUAAAGGAUGUGUUUCAUUGGCUGAGGCUCUCAAGGUAAGCCCCUCCCAUCUUCAAGAGCUGGACCUGAGGUUAAACAGCCUAUCGGACAAGGGGGUCGAGAUUCUCUCAAAAGGACUGGCCAGCCCACACUGCAUCUUAAAAAUCCUCAAGCUGGGAAAGUGCAAGAUCACCAGUGAAGGAUGUGUUUCAUUGGCUGAGGCACUGAAGAUAACCCCCUCCCAUCUUCAAGAGCUGGACCUGAGCUUCAACAGAUUAUUGGACGAGGGGGUCGAGAUCCUCGCAAAAGGACUGGCCAGCCCAAACUGCAUCUUAAAAGUCCUCAAGCUGUCAGAGUGCGGGAUCGCAGAUAAAGGAUGCAUUUCAUUGGCCAAGGCUCUCAAGUUAAACCCCUCCCAUCUUCAAGAGUUGAAUCUCAGGGCCAAUCGAAUAGAGGAAAAAGGAAAGAGGGUCUUAUUGGACAUCGAGGAGGAUCCCAGCUAUAGCCUGAAGACUGUCAGGUUUAUCUAA